UGCUACAAGAUGGCGCCAGAGCCACACGAAUCAGAACCUCGUGCUCAUUCGGAGCUCGAGGCAUCCUGAACACCAUCAAUAACACAUUUUCUGAGAGUCCUCGCUGUCAUUGAACUGCGACACUGUAGAGAAAUGAGAGUUUAUUUUGACAUGUGAGCUCUGUGGUCAUGCAUUGCAGUGCUUUUGUUGUUGAAAUGAAGGCCAGAUACCAGAGAGGUGCACAUAAGCCUCCUGUGCUUUGCAUGGAGAGAGAAAUGUCACUGCCCGCUCUAAAUAAUCCCUCAGCAUCAGUGUCGGAGGACCCGGGUCAGCCGCACUGCUCAUUGUCAUUCUCUCAGGGGGGACAGCAGCAGCAGGCGUCGGGCGGCUAUAUGAACGAACCAGGCGCAAUCCCAGAUAUCACCACGAGCGGACCCCAACCUGGCUGACAUCAUUGCGUCUGGCGAUAUAGAUAGAUCCGUAGUACCUCCUCUUUCCUCCUCUCAUCCACUUGGAGCAGCAGCCUGUGUGUGGAGUCAGUGGCACUUAAUCACAGAGCGCACAGAGGCAGGAGGCGGACCGACGGGCGUGAACGAAAUAGUAACUGUGAAGCGGAGAGGCAGCAGUGUGCGGGACAACGCAGACAGAGGAGCUUAUCCAGGAGGACGUUUCCAGCUUGAAAAAUUCCCACUUCUUUUUUUCCCAAACUGGAGCAAGUGUUGCAGUUUUACCACCACCACCACCACGACCCUCUUGUUUUCGGCCGUCUCUCUCCACGUAGAGUCCCGUCGCCACUGCUCUCUUUGGAGAUGUCCAAAAAACCACCAGCCGAUCCGGAGUCCCGGGUGAAACAGCAAGCUGCUCUGGGCUGCACCAUGCCUCCUCACCUCCCUUGUUUCUCACUGGAGUCUGUAGAAUGAAGACGGCUUAAAAAAAAAGAAAACAGAAAAGAGAAGUCCGAGCAGUCCCAAGCAGAGCAAAGAUGUCGGUGCCUUUGCUGAAGAUCGGCGUCGUGCUCAGCACCAUGGCGAUGAUUACCAACUGGAUGUCGCAGACCCUCCCCUCUUUGGUGGGGCUCAAUACUACCAAGCUGACGGCAGCGCAGGGAGGGUACCCAGACCGGAGUACAGGAGUGUUGCCAGCAAACCCCGAGGAGUCGUGGCAGGUGUACAGUUCAGCCCAGGAUAGCGAAGGAAGGUGUGUCUGCACGGUGGUGGCGCCCCAGCAGUCCAUGUGUUCACGGGAUGCCCGCACCAAACAACUGAGGCAGCUGUUAGAGAAGGUCCAGAACAUGACCCAGUCCAUCCAGGUGCUGGACCAGCGAACCCAGAGGGACCUGCAGUACGUGGAGAAGAUGGAGGUGCAGCUCCGUGGCCUGGAGACCAAGUUCAGGCAGGUGGAGGAGAACCACAAGCAGAACAUCGCCAAGCAAUACAAGGCCAUAAAAACGAAAAUGGACGAGAUUAGACCGUUGAUACCAGUGUUGGAGGAGUACAAAGCCGAUGCCAAAUUGGUAUUGCAGUUUAAGGAGGAGGUCCAGGAGCUGACGUCAGUUCUAAGCGAACUUCAGGAGGAGAUGGGGGCCUAUGACUACGAGGAGCUCCACAACAGAGUGUCAAAUCUUGAGGAGAGACUCCGAGCAUGCAUGCAAAAAUUAGCAUGCGGCAAACUGACGGGCAUCAGCGACCCCAUCACCAUCAAGACGUCAGGGUCAAGGUUCGGCUCCUGGAUGACCGACCCUCUGGCACCUGAGGGAGACACAAGGGUCUGGUACAUGGAUGGUUACCACAACAACCGCUUCGUCCGGGAGUACAAGUCGAUGCAGGACUUCAUGUCGUCGGACAACUUCACGUCCCAUCGUCUGCCCCACCCGUGGUCGGGAACUGGUCAGGUGGUCUACAACGGUUCCAUCUACUUCAACAAAUUCCAGAGCCACGUCAUCAUCAAGUUCGACUUCCGCACGUCAACCAUCAGCAAGUCCCGGCAGCUCGACUACGCGGGCUUUAACAACGCGUAUCACUACGCCUGGGGCGGCCACUCGGACAUUGACCUGAUGGUGGACGAGGGAGGCCUGUGGGCCGUCUACGCCACCAACCAGAACGCCGGGAAUAUCGUGAUCAGUAAGCUGAACCCUAACACGCUGCAGAUCGUCAAGAGCUGGACCACCAACCACCCCAAAAGGAGUGCGGGCGAGUCUUUUAUGAUCUGUGGCACACUGUACGUCACUAAUGGAUACUCAGGAGGUACUAAGGUCUACUACGCCUACUCCACCAACUCUUCUACGUACGAGUACAUUGACAUUGCCUUCCAGAAUAAGUACUCGCAUAUUUCCAUGCUGGACUACAACCCGCGUGAUCGAGCCCUCUAUGCUUGGAACAAUGGCCACCAGGUGCUCUACAACGUCACGCUGUUCCACGUGAUCCGCUCAGAAGAACUGUAACCACAGAAAAAUGGAUUACAUACAAGAAUACAUAUUGUCUGUGUAGAGAUCUCCCUAUAUACGAAAAUAUAUCUGCGAAAGAAAAAGACUCCAUGGCAAGACCAUUCUAUUUAUAAUAUCAAGAAACUUUUACUGAAAGACUGCUUCAUCAGAGAAUGCAAACUGGAUUGAAUGUGCAUAUACAUGAGACUGAAAAAAAAAAAAAGUCAAAUUGAAGGGUUUCAUUCCAAAAUGUGAUAUAUUUGUUAUAGAAAAACAAAGCUUUAUAAGUUCAUAUCACAAAAUCACAGAUGAUUGUUCAAAAACAGAGCUGUUUUGUAAAUAAAAGGUCUUAAUACAACUUCUAUCUUUAAUAUUUACCCAUAGUGGACUUUAUUUUGAUAGACGCCAUCCUUUUCUUAGAGGUUUUUUAUUUUGGAAUGAAACUCUUUAAUUGUUUACCGCAUAGAAAAUGAUUGUAAAAGUAGAUGAAUAUAUAAAAAGUUUAAAAGAAUAAGAACAGAUGCCAAAAAAAUAACAUCACGCCUUUUCUUUUUAUAUAACGGAAUAUCAACCUAAGCUCAUUUCAUGGCUCUGGUGCUUCUGCAGAAAUCUUCCCAGCUGAACUUUUCUUUUAGCCAAAAGGAGGGGGGGGUCUGGAAACAAAGACUGUUGGUAAUGAACUGUUGGACCCCCCCCUCAUUUCCAUGAACAUGAGACUGAGAAAUGGGAGGUGAGUCUUGUCAGAAGCCUUGUUAGCCUAAUGGGUGAAGCCUGUCAUAUCGUUUUUAUCAAGUACAGUAGCAAAUCAAAAGUCUGUAGAGAAACAGCAAACAAUAACAACAUUCGCUAUAAAAGACCUGAAGGCACUGACUGUUGACAGCGCUGUUGUUUGAGAUGAUUUUCCUGUGUUAGUGACUACGUGUGAAAAAGGCUUUCUUUGCAUGAGUGUUUUCUAUCACUCCGGUCUCCUCUUCUGAAUGUCUUUUGCUGUAUGAUACAAAAAAAAAAAAAUGAGGGAGGGAGGGGAAACAAGGUAGAAUACCUUUGGGAUUUGAGCAUUUGCAAAGAUGUUUACUUUUUAUCCUGCUUCUUACUAUUAAGUCCCUGUUUUGUUUGUUUCUUUUUCUUUGCUAUUGUUUGAUUUUUCAAAUGUUCUUGUAUCACUGUAACUGUUGGCACCGGUUUUGCCUCUCUGUAUUUAUUUAUUUGGACUGUGUGGGAGGAAUCUAUCUAGCUCACAUCUCUCAGAAGAAAAAAAAAAAUAACAGAAUGUAUCAAGUAUUGUAUCCCGGGAUCCUGGUCCUCGUAUCUUCAAUUCACAUCAUGCGCCUGUAGUAGGGAGAGUUUUCUGUAAGAGGAUAAUCCUGUCUCAUGUCAUGUUUCUCCCCCACUGCUAGUGAAGGAUAAUGCUGUUUAAAUGUAUACCCUUAACUGAGGACAAAAGCUUUUCACUCUUUUUGCGCUUUGCUGGACAUGUGUUGUAUCUGAGAUGAGAUAGUUAAUGAUUCGUGUCAAUAAAACAGAGAAAUCUGAUGCUUGGGAUUGUUGCCUCAGAAAGCCAUGUGACAGCACACUUAGUGCUAAGUAUGUUCAUAUGGAGAUCACAUUAACAUCAAAUCUAAUGCUCUUAUGUCGCUCCUUUUGGGUUACCCUUAAGAAGAUUACAGAGUAAACUUUGCUUUUAGCUCAGUUGAGAGGGAAGAGCAUAUUUAGCAUUAGCAUAAAAUAUCACAUUUAAAAAACAGAUUGUGCCUUGGUCCACUGCCUAAGAGGUUUUGCUACUACUAGUGUUGUAGUACUCGAGACCGGUCUUGGUCUCGAGACCGGUCUCAAUGCCGCUUAUUUCAGGUCUCG